AUGCCAAAGUCGUUUUUGAUCAAAAGCAAGAAGUCUCAAUUAUUUUCUUCGACGAUGAACGAAGUGGUACCCAGCGCUUUUCAACUAGUCAUACCCAAACAGUCGGAUGGCAGUAGAGAAAUACCUGCACACGAUAUUCACUUUUUGCAUGAUGAGUUGGUAACUCCCGCCAUUGAAAUGCGCUCGAAGUUUUCUACUGUUAGUGGCAACAUCACGGCUUUUAGACCAUGGGAAAGAGAUGUUGAAGUUGAAAUUAAUUCAAACAUCCACGUAUCAUCUGAACAAGCUACUGCAACGCUCCCUAGUAACGAUAACUCUUCACUCACAUUUGCGUCUCCGUCACCGAGGAAACGGUCGUCGUUUGAAAACUGCAUAGCGUUUCCUAGCAACAUCUUCUACCCGUUCCCUUUCUUCAACUGUCCGGCAAAGCACUACUUUUCUCUGUUCUCCAACUACGGAAAUGAUCUGCGCACCGAUUCUGAAUUCCUGAACAAACGGGAGAACGCGGAAUCGACGCCGGCGUCAACGUUCGAAUGCGACCAGUGCAGCAAACUGUUUAGCACGCCGCACGGGCUCGAGGUGCACGCGCGCCGUUCCCAUAGCGGCACGCGCCCACACGCGUGUGACGUCUGCGGAAAGACGUUUGGUCACGCAGUCAGCCUCGAUCAACACAGAAUCGUACACACACAGGACCGGAGUUUCGCGUGUAAGCAGUGCGGGAAGUCGUUCAAGAGGUCGUCCACGCUGUCUACCCACCUCCUGAUCCACAGUGACACUCGACCCUACCCGUGUCCGUUCUGCGGCAAGCGCUUCCACCAGAAAUCUGACAUGAAGAAACACACCUACAUACACACAGGAGAGAAACCUCACAAGUGUUUGCAGUGCGGCAAGGCGUUCAGCCAGUCGUCGAACCUGAUCACCCACAGCCGAAAACACACGGGCUUCAAGCCAUUCUCGUGUGACCGGUGUGGACGCGCAUUCCAGAGAAAAGUCGACCUGCGACGUCACAGCGAGACCCAACAUGCGAUCGUGAUCAACCCACACAUCCGUGACGUCUUCACGUAAAGUCUCGAUCAGCUGGGAUCACAUACAAAGAGACAUGUAUUAGCGAGACCCAGCUCGCACGCGAUCGUCAUCAAUCCACACAUCCGUGACAUAUCCACGUAAAACGCCGAGUCUCGAUCAGCUGAGGUCACAGAAGAAAAGAAAAGACAAAAAGAAAAAAAACAUGUGUUAGCGACACAAAAAAAUUUGCAGGAAAAACUCUUAUAUUUUCUGUUUGCACAGUGUUUCUGCUCACACGUUUCCCAUCGCUAACGUCAUACGUCUGUAGUUCCAAUUCUUACCGCACGUAAAGUGCCCUAUUUUAGCAAUGGGAAUAGUCUAUAUUUAACCGAGUGUGGUGUGUAUAUAAGUGUGUGUGUAUAUAUAUAUACAGCAGGGAUCGAAAUUGGCUGACAUUCCUAUGGGAUUUUUGGUCCGGCAAGUUAUAAAUUAUGCCGGCCCGAAUCAAAACCUGCUGAACCAAGCAUUAUUGACUCAAACUAAUAUGUGAAUAUAAACGUAAACUAAUUGCCGGGACGAUAGGCAAACAUUCUCCUGGCCAGUUGCAAAACUUGUCGGGACGGCAAUAUUUCGAUCCAUGUAAUAGUAAUUGAGAUCAACUGCUGGCAGUGUCAUAAGUUGGACCCGUGGUGGGCGUGCGUGACUUGGACGUACAGAUGGUGUAAUAAACACAAUUAGCUCGAAUGUACUCUAGCCCUAUAAAUUUAAUAUUCUGGUUAUAUAUUUAAAAUAGGCCUAGAGUGCACGUACUU